AUGGCCCAGGACCACGAAAUGCUCCAACUGCUGUUGAGAUCCGGAGCGAUGUGGGCAUCCAGCCUCAACAUUCCUUGGUUCCUUGCCGGAGCCGGCGUAGGCGUACCGGCUGCCGUGGGGACUGUGACCACCGGAAACAGCAAGCUUUUGAGUCUGGCCACAACCUUGGGGGGCGUGUUGGGCGGCGUCGCGGCCGACCGACUUUCGACCACGAUUUCGGAGAGCUUAGCGGGCAACGAUGUCGGCGGCGGCGGCGGCGGCGGCUGCGAGUUCACCUGCUACGACGUCCUCACGAAGGGCGUGGGCCCGGCCUGCCUCCUGCUCGUCGUGCUCAGCAGGAGCAUCCGCUCGGAGCCCUCAGUGGCCGUCAAGCCUGCCGCCGCCGUCGCCCUCGCUGCCCUCCUCCUGGAGCCCCUCUUCAGCGCCUACGUCCUCGGGGGCGGGGGCGCCAGCAACAGCACCGUCGCCCCUGCUGCCGCUGCCGCUGCCGCUGCCGCUACCCGGUCCGGCUUGGCCCGCUUGCUCCUGCUCCGCGACGUUCCGCACCGCGUCUUGGGUCAGGUCGGCGGCGGCGGGGGGCGGAGGAGGAGCGCCGCGGCAGCGGCGACGGCGGCUUCGGCUUCGGCGGCGGCUUCGGCGGCGGCGGCGCUGGUGGCCCGGGCGCGCUGGCUGACGGCGGGCGCGCAGCUGGUGCUCUGGGCGGCCGUGGUCCUGGCCUACGCCAACGUGUCCCUGCGGCUCUCCCGGGGUCCCCCCGGGAAGACGGUGGGCGGUUACAUGUCCGCCCUACGCUCCCUCGCGGCCAAGAAGCGCGGCACCGGCGGCUGGGUGAGGAUAGACCAGUGGGGCACCGGCGGGGGCGGGGGGGGCGGCGGUUGUGACGGAAGCGGCGGCGGCGGCGGGGGGGCGCGGGCGAAUGGCUUGCUCGGGUCUCUGUACGAGACGCUGAUGGGUGGGGGAGGGUGGGGGGGAGGCGGCCGCAUCUGCCCCGAGGCUAUGGCGCUUUGUCAGCACCAGAAGAGUUACGAUGGCCCCCCGUUCGAACGGGGUGAGGUAACCGUCCGCAGCAUCUACUGCUCCGGACUCGACGCCUCCAUCACAGGCCGGCCUCCCUCCAACGGCAACAGCGUCGGCGGCGUCGGCGUCGGCGGCGCGAACGGCGCCGGCGCCGGCGGUGGUUUCGCCGGAGGGGCUGAUGGCGGCGGCGGCGGACUGAUCGCCGGGGGUUCGUCUCGGCCGUUUUACGUGACGGUAUCGCUGGGCGGCUUGACGGCGAAGACGUCUGCACGGCAGGGGUUCUCUCCGACGUUCACCGAGGUGUUUCCUUUGGGAUGCGACUGUCCGAUCAGGGGGGCGUAUCUCACCAUUGCCGUUGUCGACAGCUUCGAAACAGGCCGCAGCGGACGCGGUGACCGCGUUGUUGGCGAGGUACAUCUCCCCCUUGAGGCGGCGCAACUAGUUCCCGGGACGUCCGGCCUCGAUGACAACGCUGACAUGUUUUCCUCCUCGUCGUCCAGCGGCGGUUGGGACGGGGGCAGCGGGCCCGCCUACCGCCUCCGCGGGGACUGGGAGCUGCAGGGCGCUCUGGGAGGACCGCUCUGCGGUGCCAGGGUGGGGGCGGACAUCAUGGUGCACGGCCCGCCGUCGCCGAGCUCGGCCGCUGGCCGGCUGAGGAGGAGGAGGAGGGAGUCGGUCGGGUGGUACGCUCGGUGAGAUUGGAAGACGAACGUACACAAACAUUCAGCUCAGGCGAGCAGCCUACCGCCUCCGCGGGGACUGGGAGCUGCAGGGCGCUCUGGGAGGACCGCUCUGCGGUGCCAGGGUGGGGGCGGACAUCAUGGUGCACGGCCCGCCGUCGCCGAGCUCGGCCGCUGGCCGGCUGAGGAGGAGGAGGAGGGAGUCGGUCGGGUGGUACGCUCGGUGAGAUUGGAAGACGAACGUACACAAACAUUCAGCUCAGGCGAGCAGGAGGAGGAAGGAGUCGGAGGGGUGGUAGCUGCGCUCGGUGAGAUAGGUAGACGUACGUCCUCGAGAACUCGGCUCAUUCCGCCAGAGGGAAGGCUGAAGAAGACGGCUAGGAAGUCGGUUUGAGUAGAAGUAGGCCAUCGUCUACACAAUGGACUGGACUGAAGGCAAGUGGGGGCAGGGAGAGGAAGCUGUUUAUGGUCUCGGGCCUUUGCCUGUGUGGCCGGACGAGGAGAGACUGUUGUCGAGAAGGAGGAAACGGGAAAAGAAGGAGAGGAGGCCGGACAAAUUCGGGGCUAGCAGGACUUGGAGAAGAAAGGGCGUCCGUCUGGUGGGGGGUGCGACACUCGUAGGUGCUAGGCUAGGCUCCAUGCACUCGACUCAAGCCGGUCGAUUAAGAUUCGCCUGGUUAUUGAAGCAGAUAAGAGGGUUUGUGCCAGUUUUUGGCUAGACCAGACCAAUUGAAAGAAGGCGUUGUGGUUUGUUGAUGAUGCCGAGGCUGCGUAUCUAUCCUGACCCUUGAUGGCUGGUGGUUGGCAACGCCUUGAACUAAGGCGACGUCAAACAUCGCUGGGUGCCAUCGAUCAGAGUUGUGUGUUGUGUGUUUGGUGGUUGUGAAGAAUGACCGUGUACAUUAUCUGGAUCUCGGUUGAAGUUAUGUAGAUAGAUACGUGUGAUGAAAGCGAUGCGUGGCUGGCGGGGGCGGCGGCGAGAGAGUGAUAGCGGACUCCGAAAGAUGCAAGCCGACCAACGUUGUCCAAAGCAUGCGUGAUGCAUAUGUAGUGCAGGGUUUGAAGGAGAGCGUGUACAAAGACCUGGUGUCCUGAUGCGAUUGAACAACCCCCAAAAUUAGUGUCUGCAUGUGAGGUGCACGUGCGACAUGUUGGGGUCGCAUGUACUGGGAUGCACGAAGAAAGUGAAGCCGAUGCCUCUUGGAUGAAAAUCAAAUCAGUCAUGCAGUAUUUAUUGCGCGGAGUAACAAGAAUGGUUGUGCUUUUUUCUUUUUUCGAAGCCCAUUUUUUCACUUGUUUUUAGCACGCCCUCCCUUCAAGGUCCUGUUUGGAUACCUAACGAAGGUAUGAAUGUGUUUCUUCGUUCGUGAACCCUUGUGGGUGAUGGUGUAAGUAGGUGUAAGGAGGGACUUGGUGUGUGCCGCCGAGAAGGAUGUGCCUAUGAGUAGCAGCAUUGCUGUAGAGACGCGCUGUUUGCUUUCAUUUGCUUGCUGCUUUCGGGUACGCCGUGCGUGAGGCGGAAGGGACAUUCUGGCGGCAUGUCUUGGUUCAGUCCAAGCAGCCCAGAGCGAGACCGUGUUUCGACUGCCCGGACCCCAGCCUUGAGCGGCAUUUUGGGCCCACCUCACUUUCGUACGGCCCUUGCUAGAGUUGGUGUAGUUGUGAGCAGAGGAAAAGUAUCGGACGUACAAUGGUUGCAAGGAGCAAUGAAUCGAGCAAUCCGUUGGUGAGGAACAG